AUGAAAUUCAAACAAUUCAACCCCCAUUACCUCCGUCCCCUCCUCAAACCACCGUCAAAACCUGCCCCCGCCGCCAUCUCCGCCGUGCGCCAUCUUUGCAUUCAAACCCAAACAAGCUCUGAGGACCCUUCUCCUUCGCCGCCGUCACAAUCGAAACCCAAACCAAAACCCUUUCAAGAAAUCCUCUCCAUCAUCCAAACCACCAAUCCAGAUGAGUGGUCUGCCAACACCCAUCUCCACUAUUUACUCCUUUCCGCCUCCCCUACUUCACUCCUUAAGAUCACCCGCCAACUGGGUUCCUCCCAAAAAUCCCUCCUUUUUUUCGACCACCUCAAAACCAAGAUCAAUUCUUCAUCCCCGACGCACAAUGAUGGCCUUUUUCCUCUGUCUUUCGCUUUCCAAGGUGUCCUCGAGCUCGCUGCGAGGGAGGAAGGCCACCGAGCCCCUGCGAAGAUGCGAGAACUGUUUCAUUUAUCCAAGGAGCAAAAAAUCCCUCUUUCCAUUAAUGCCGCCACCCUCUUGAUUAAAUCAUUUGGACAAGCUAAAAUGCUUGAAGAAGCCAUGAAUGUGUUCGAAGAACUCGACCCAGAAUCACGGAACAUCUAUCUGGUUAACUUGCUAUUGGAUUAUAUGCUGAAAUCUGGAGAAGUAGAUGGUGCAUUGAAAGUGUUCGAGGAAAUUCUUGACUCAGAGUUGGACGUUUCUCCUGACAAGAACACGUUGGAAAUCUUUUUGUCUGCGUUUCUGACUAGGAAUUGGGUUGGCAGGAGCCUACGCGAGGAGGAGAUUUUCAGGAUUGUUUCAGAGUGUGGUGAACAUGGUGUAUUUCCUAACAGCGUCUGGUUAACUCAACUGAUUACUAGAAUUCAUAGGAACGGAGAAUUGGAUAAGGCUUGGGAGCUUUUGCAUGAGGUAAUGAGAUUGGGUGGCAAUCUAAAAGCUGCACCUUGCAAUGCCCUUUUGACUGGGUUGGGUAAAGAGCGGGAUUUCAAAAGGAUGAAUUUGCUCAUGCAGGAAAUGAAGGAAAAGGAUAUACAGCCAGAUGUUUUGACAUUUGGGAUUUUGAUUAAUCAUUUGUGUAAGUUCCACAGAGUGGACGAAGCAUUAGAAAUGUUUGGAAGAAUGAAAGGGGGUAAUGUUGAGGAAGGUAGUGAUCUGGUGGUGGUUGAACCGGAUGUUGUGAUUUACAAUACUUUGAUUGAUGGACUGUGUAAGGUGGGUAGAAUAGAAGAAGCGUUGGAGUUGAUGGAGAAUAUGAUGACUUUGAAGGGUGGAUGUAAACCAAACACUGUAACGUAUAAUAGUUUACUUGAUGGACUGUGCAAAGCUGGCGAGAUUAGGAGAGCGUUUGAACUCUUUGACAGGAUGAGCAAAGCAGGAGUAGACCCGAAUGUGAUCACUCUCAAUACCUUACUGGAUGGAAUGUGCAGAAGUGAACAAGUUGGUAGUGCAAUGGAUUUCUUUGAUGAGAUGCAAGGAAGGGGUUUGAAAGUGAAUGCCAUUACUUACACUAUCUUGAUUACUGCCUUUUGUGGUGCUAACAACAUUGAUAAGGCCUUCAGUCUGUUUGACCAAAUGGUGCAAAGUGGUUGCUUUCCUGAUGCAAAAGUGUAUUACAGCUUGAUAUCAGGUCUUACUCAAUCGGGAAGGAUGGACGAUGCUCUCUUUUUGGUGUCUAAAUUGAAAGAAGCUGGCUUCUGCUUGGAUAUCAUCAGUUAUAAUGUUCUUAUUGGUGGAUUUUGUAAGAAAAAUAGAUUAGAUGAGGCGUAUGAUUUCUUCAAAGAGAUGGAACACGCAGGACUAAAGCCUGAUCGUGUUACAUAUAAUACUCUAAUUUCCCAUUUCUGUGGAAAGGGGGAUUUCACCACUGCCCGCAAUGUGUUAAAGAACAUGAAAAAUGUUGGUUUGGUUCCCAAUGUUGUGACCUUUGGAGCAUUGAUUGAUGCUUAUUGCAAGGCGGGUUAUCUGGAUGAAGCUAUGAAAUUAUAUAGGGAUAUGAGUGUCAUUUCAAAGGUAUCAGCCAACACGGUUAUUUAUAAUAUAUUGAUUGAUGCCCAUUGCAAGAGUGACAAAAUUGAAGUCGCUCUUUCUCUAUUGGACGAUAUGAAGAGCAAACAGGUUAAACCAUGCACCAUUACGUACAAUGCACUGCUUAAAGGCCUAAAAGAGAGGAAUAUGUUGGAGAAAGCGUUCACUCUAAUGAAUGAAAUGACAGAAAAUGCCUGCAAUCCUGAUUACAUAACCCUGGAGGUUCUGACUCGGUGGCUUUCUGCAGCUGGCCAAUUGAAAAACCUUAGAAGAUUUGUUCAAGGAUUCGAGGUUGAUGUGCUGCAUGUUCCUUCAUUCAUAAAUUUAUUUACAGUGCUCCCAGAAAUGACAAUGCUGCGCUCUGCUGUAAGAGAGAAGGAUCCGGAGAAAGGAGGAGCAGGAGAGAAUCGAACAACUGCACACCUCUUGAAGUACUCUGAAGAUUUCCUGUGGCCAACUCGUCUAGAACCUGAUGGUUAG